AUGUCUCAGCAUUGGCAAGUCAUUGCGCCCGCGCGCAAAGAAACCACUGGCAUCUUGGGCGACUUGAUCGACGCUCUACUUACGGGCAGCGCGGCUGGUCUCGUUCCACUUUUAGCAGUCCCACUUAAUGCCCACCGUGAACACAUCGAUGGACUUCUCCCGGGCGAAAAUGCCGAAGAUAACCAGGAUGACGAUUUCGAGUGCACGACGCGUACUCGAUGCAACGGUCUCUCCCAGAACCACUCUAGCAAAGCCGCGAGAAUUGAGCAUCACAAUGCAACCGAAGUCAGUCUGACGAGUCCGAAAUCCCUUUUCAAUUUCCCCUCGGAGAUUCAUCACCGCAUUUUCUCGUUGCUCGAUGUCGUGGAAGACGUACUGCGGUUUAGUCUGACAAAUCGAUACUUUUGGGCGGUCGGACUUGCCCAUAUUGAGGAGCAUAUCAUCGCUUCUCUCGCGCCGUGGGCCGGCGAGAAGAUCAUUUGUGUUAGCGAUAAAAGUGAUCCUCAUGAUUUCCCGCCAAACCUACUCACUCCGACCGAAGCCGAGGAAGUCAAAGAGCUGAACAAGCUGUACGAUUUCAACUCAUUCUCCAUUCGGAACACCUACAAAAAGAUCGGUGGACCUCCCCUUUCGCAGAAACUGCAAAUAUGGUUCCUCGAUUACGAAGCGGGUCACUACAUGGGCACCGCCAACAGAGCAGAGAUCAUGAUGGGUCUCAAGCCUGAGAUUCUGGAGUUUUAUCCGCGCGACCAGCGGUGGAUCCUGCGGAAUCUGACUACUCGGGAAUACGUGCGAGGAGAAGUAAUUGCACUGAAAGAAGAGUUCAUCCACGGUCCACAGAUUGAAGUCUUUGGCUUCGCUGAAGUGUUGAUAUCCCGGAUCUCUUGGUCGACGCAGCCUGAAAAGAUUGGUGGGGGGAAUAAUAUUACUCGUGGGAAAUGGGCGGGUCAUCGAUUCGAUAUUACUCCUCUCGCUUGGCUUCAGGAGAAACAUGGGAAGGAACCUUGGAGGGAUGUGAGUAACGAGAUACUGCGAGAGAUUGAUUUGAUUCUUGGAGGUCGAAUGGGUGAUGACUGGCGCGACCAGAUGGCACGGAACUAUCGGAAGCAUGCGAAGCAGGCUCUUGUUGAGUAUUCUUGA